CACCACUUUUAUACAAAUUUUACAAAAAUGCCUCUCAAAAUGGAGUUUGAGCUUCCCAAUCCUCCAACGGACGGUAUCACCAACGUGACGUUUUCUCCAGUCCCUGGAUCAUCUCAUUUGUUAGUUAGCUCGUGGGAUAAAAGCGUGAGACUCUAUGAUACCACAGCUGCCUCUGAAUCAGCCAGUGGAUCACAACUGGUCUCCUACAGUCACUCAAAUGCUGUACUAGACUGUAUAUUCUCCGACGAAAACCACACAUUCUCAGCUGGACUAGAUAGAACAUUACAAACAUAUGAUCUAGCAGCUCAAAAGCAGUCCACACUAGGUACACAUGAAAAUGCCAUCAGUAGCAUAGAGCAUUGUCCUUCCCUGAGUAUCAUUAUAACUGGUAGCUGGGACAAUACGCUGAAGAUAUGGGAUCCUAGACAGCAUUAUGCAGUAGGGACCUACAAUCAAUUGAAUGAGAAAGUAUAUACAAUGUCAUUAUCUGGUGAGAGACUAGUUGUGGGUACUUCAAAUCGCAAGGUUCUUGUUUGGGACUUGCGUAAUAUGCAGUUUGCUGAACAACGUCGUCAGUCCAGUUUAAAAUACCAGACACGUUGCAUUAGGUGCUUCCCUAAUAAACAAGGUUUUGUGCUUAGCUCUAUUGAAGGAAGAGUGGCUGUGGAGUAUCUUGACACUCAACAAGAGGUUCAACAAAAGAAGUAUGCUUUCAAGUGUCACAGACUGAAAGAGGACGGGAUCGAAAAGGUGUAUCCAGUAAAUGCUGUUGCUUUCCAUAACAUCCAUAACACGUUUGCCACCGGUGGUUCUGAUGGCUUUGUAAAUAUAUGGGAUCCUUUCAAUAAGAAAAGGCUUUGCCAGUUUCAUCGCUAUCCCACAGAUAUUUCGUCACUCUCAUUCAGUCAUGAUGGGAAAAAGAUAGCAAUAGCAGUUUCUGCAGUUUUACCUGAUGAGCCAGCUGAAGGAGAAGAACCUUCACCCAAAAGAGACUAUGUAGUAAUAAGGCAUGUGUCUGAUGGUGAGACACAACCAAAAUAACUUGAGACAUAAUUUACUUAAUGGAUUUGGUACACGCAUGCAGGGAAUAUCAGUCAUUUUGUUCUAAAAAUAAUCAAAAAGUGAUAAA